AGUCAAAAUACAGUUGCUAACGCAAUUGUACGGCGCAGCAUGGCGAUUCUCGCGGGUUAUAGAGUUCUUGCUCAAGCUUUUCGACCCCUCUCAGCCAACCUUGAUGGAGCAUUCAGAUUGCAGGGGCACGCUAAAUCUUCGCACCUCGUCCUCCACACAAAUGAACUGCAGUAUGUCCGAUCGGGGACAUACGGAGUGAGGCGUCAUUUCAGCUCUGAUGCGAAGUCGGGGGAUGACCUGUGUGUUAGGUAUUUGGACGGAGGUGACUCAGGUAUUGUCGUUUUUGGGAUCAAUCGGCCAAAGGCCAAAAAUGCCAUUAGCAAGAACCUUGUGAAAAUGAUGUCUGAAGCUGUCGAUGCAGUCAAAGUCAAUAACAAAGUGCGCACUGUCAUCGUGUGCAGUAUGGUACCAGGAAUAUUCUGUGCAGGGGCCGACCUGAAAGAAAGAGCCAAGAUGCACCAGAGUGAAGUUGGACCUUUUGUUUCGAAAGCAAGAGCACUUAUUACUGAACUCGGUAACCUUCCCAUGCCGACGAUCGCCGCCAUCGAUGGGGCAGCCCUGGGAGGCGGGCUGGAGAUGGCCUUGGCCUGUGACAUCAGAGUGGCAGCUGCAUCUGCGAAAAUGGGACUGGUUGAAACCAAAUUAGCGAUCAUUCCUGGUGCAGGGGGAACCCAGCGCCUUCCCCGGGCCAUUGGGGUGUCCCUGGCCAAAGAGCUCAUCUUCGCUGCCCGAGUGGUUGAUGGGGCGGAGGCUCGAAACCUAGGCCUGGUCAGUCAUGCAGUGGAACAGAACCAGAGUGGAGAUGCCGCGUACAGACGAGCCCUGGAUCUCGCCCGCGAAUUUCUCCCUCAGGGGCCCAUUGCAAUUCGAAUGGCCAAGCUUGCCAUCAACCAGGGAAUUGAGGUGGAUUUAGCAACUGGUUUAGCAAUUGAAGAGGCCUGCUAUGCCCAGGUGAUACCGACAAAAGACAGAAUUGAGGGUCUUACAGCAUUCAAGGAGAAGAGACCCCCUCGCUACAAGGGAGAGUAACUUCUCUGGCCAAUCAAAACAGCUGCUGCCUUUGUUUCUUUUCACAGCUUCUCUCUGAUUUUGUAACUGAAAAAAAAAAGAUUUAAAUUUUUUAAACAUGCAGUGGGGGCAGGUUUACUGUAACUGAGUUUCAGUGAAAGUGAAAAUGCUCACGGCAAACGUGUUAGUUUAUGGGAAGUUGCUGAGGUCAAAAUUUUGGUGUGUCCAGGACCUUUCAAAGUGCUUGGACUUAGUAUUCCAACAUGAGCUAACAUCAGAUUGGGAUUCUGUGGAUGCAGGAGACCAGGUCAGAGGUCACAGGUAGGAACAUUUACGUCAGAAUGUCCCUGAUCUAUUAGAACAGAUCUGUUGCAUGGUUUGAAAGAGUUUUGAGUUUUCCCUCAUGAGUUGCCUUUACUUCUUUGCCUGUGACAUGCAGCCAUCCUGCAAUAUAUGAAUGCCAAGGGCCAGGCUUUUCCUUCAUUGUACCAGGCCAUACUACUGUUCUGAUCAAAUAUGCUUAUAUAAUCUCAGAUAAAUAUUAAUGAAUAGUCCCUCCUUUGAUUAAAGUAGGGUGAAGAUGUUUGCACAAGACUGCUCAAUAAGCUUCACAUUUACUGAAGGGAAUUACACUAAAAAUCCAUGUGCUUACUGUUUUCACUGUGUAAAGCCCCUCCCGUGCAUUUUAAAUCAGACUGCUAUCAUCUGAGCUGAAAAGGAAAGCACUUCAGACAAACUGUAUCUUUGGAAGAUGAAGACAUACAUCACAGACAAAAAAUGUAGAGUUGCAACAAUAAAGUGUUGUCCCAACCUGGUUGCCACUGUUUGUUUCAGACACUGUGAUGUAGUUGCAGUAAAAAAAGAUUUAUAUGAAUACGUCAGUAAAAUCAAACCAAACAAUCGCUACUUUGAGAAAUACGUUUUCAGAGAUACAACUUGUGUCAUUAUUAGAAAGGUCAGUACAAGGAUAGUACAGGGAAAGUGAAUGGCCUAUACACAUACAUUUAUAGAUAUAUAUUUACACUGUGUUGUUUGUGCAGUAUUAAAAGAUAAAUGGUGACAGAAGCCCCUUUCAGUGGCUGUUGGUUGUUUUGUUGGUUUCUUCUGAUUUCCUAAGAUCUAUGCUCUGAGUACCUGAAGUACACAGGAAACAGCAAUGGAGGACGAUAAUGUGACGUCCCCAGACAUUUUUUUUUAUGACGGUAAAACCAAUUUUGAGGACUUCCAUGUAAUUGAAAACAUACGGCACAUAUGUUUGAAAAUAAGAGUGUAUUCUUAAACAGAAGCACUUCAUUGAAAUAAAUGACUAAUGUUGGGCAAGCUAAGAAAAUAAUAACACCCGCAUACAUUUCAUUCAAGGUUAAGGACUAACCACUCUCUAGCUGACUGAUCCCAAAACGCUACCGAAAGCCUUGGAUGGCAGUAGUUGCCAUUACACUCUAUUUGGACAUGGUGUAUUUACUGUUCAAGGGUCAAAGGUCAUUUCAAACAAUUUCCUUUUUCUGCUGUCAAUUUACAAGCAUAAACAGGCAUUAUACAGCUGGUGUGUAAAA